AUGAGAUCAUAUCAAUUCACACUAUGGGACCAAUAUACAACCGUCCACUCUCGCCGGAGCCACGCAGAGGCGAGCCAAUCUCGGAUUGUCAAGCUGGCGUACAACCCGAAACGAGCUACGGCGGAUAUCCGCCACUUGAGCUCCAUCGGCAGCCGCUCCACGUCGUCCCCAUCUCCGGCGUCCGUCGUGCCGUUUCCGUUGUCCGCUGACCACCACUCAUCCGCCGCCAAAGAAGACGACGAUGACAACGGUCGCGAUCGAUAUUCUCGGGAUCGCUCGUGCCGCUCGUAUUUCCAGCCUUUUCUUCUUCAAUAUUUAUCCCAAACGACGAUCUGUACAGGCCCCACCCCCAUAGAUCUAAGAUCUAGAUUCUCCUACUCAUCGCUGUGGUUUUCACCGCCGUGA